AGGCGAGGAUUGGAUGCGACAAAGAGACUUCCUUUCUUGUUCAUCUCGCUUCUCUUCGGCCGCCAGAUCGUUAGCAUGGGUAAGAGGCAAAACUUACUCCUCAACUCCUCACAGGUUGUGCUACCGAACUGGAUCAGCGGCGGAGGCAGAGCCAAAGUCAGGGCUCCAUAUGAUAGACGUCGCGGGCAUUCUCUCCUCGAAAACCACGUGUGUGAGCAAGCAUUCUCGUAUGCCUCGCCGAUCUAUCGUUUAUGCUUCAGUUCGUUCUCGUAUCGUUGCAACAGCACAUCGCAACCAACCACUCAUUCACUCGGGGAGUCUCGUCGUUUCAUGCACGGCGCGCGCUCUUGGCUCGGCGUCUUUCUGCUGCCUCUCGCCCGCUCGCAACAGGGCCGAGUAAGAGAUGGACAGCGGCCGACCAUCUUCAGAGGCUGUCGUCGAUAGGCCGAGCCGGCAGAAGAAGUGCGACCCCCUGGCACUGCUGGCCUGGAAGUAGAGUUGCGGACCACCCAUGUCGACACCCAUGUCCAGCCUGUCUGAAACCAAGAAUGGCAGCCAAUGGCAUCACUACGUUCCUGGAAAGUAGCCGUGGAUCCACUGCGCUCCUGUGGCGGCUAUACGCCACGGAGCGUGUACCUGGGCUCUACUCAGGAGAGCUCAAUCUCAAUGGGCAGACUCGCGAAUAGCAUCCGUACCCAACCGCGGAGCUUUUCGUAGCUUCACGACGCUCCACCCAAGCCUGUCUCUGAAAUUUAGAUGACCUCCUGCGAGGCUUAGGCUGCUAACUUUG